CGCAGUCAAGGCUGGUAUGUGGAAGAGCAAGAAAUGCUCACAGCGCAGAGCACCUGGAAUGCCCAAGCACGUUCAGAAGAGGAGCAGUCGGCCGCGACUCGUGCACGGUGAUCCGUGUCGCGCGCCUCGGUUGGUCAUAGGCAAAUGAAAUAAGCAGCCCAGCUCUGUAAGAUGCAUCAGAGCUAAGGAGCCAAGGGAGGUUAGACAGCUGAAGCGUUUUCUCGUCUUCCUCGCUUCCCGUCUAAGGAUAUCUUAUUUUUCCAACUACAGAAGAAGCGUGAUUACAUCCUCGGAUGAGAUAUUCCGAAAACUUCUUCCCUCGAGACCAGGCGAUGAUAUGCUUGUUGACCUUGAAAAAAAGUCACCUUAACAAGCGUAGUAGCUUCACGGGAACAUCUGGCACGGUGGAAUUUUAAGCAAUGAGUCGCUGCUUCUAACAGCACGCCCUCUCCAUCUCCCAUCACUGAGCACUCUGAUGAAACCGGUGCGAAGUAGGGAGAGCCAAACAGAAGAAUUGCCAUGGCUGGCGCAGCAGAUGGUUUAGGGAGUUUAGGAACAGAACAGACUCCCAUUAACGUGCCUGUAGCUGACCCCAGUGCAUGGGCAACAGCGAUGAACAACCUUGGGAUUAUGCCACUGGGACUGCCCGGACAGCAGCUCGUCUCAGAUUCCAUCUGCAUCCCAGGGUUUGACCCUAGUCUCGGAAUAAUGACCGGAAUCACCCCUAUUAACCCUUUGAUGGCCGGGAUCAGCUUGGUUCCUCCACCUCCUGUGCCUGCAGAGCUUCCUCUUAUCAAAGAAAUUAUCCACUGCAAGAGCUGCACUCUCUUUCCACAGAACCCAAAUCUCCCACCACCAUCAACAAGGGAAAGGCCCCCAGGGUGUAAGACUGUCUUUGUCGGAGGACUCCCUGAGAAUGCCAAUGAGGAGAUAAUACGAGAAGUGUUCGACCAGUGUGGGGAAAUUACUGCCAUCAGGAAGAGCAAGAAGAAUUUCUGCCACAUUCGCUUUACUGAGGAGUUCAUGGUGGAUAAAGCUAUCUACCUUUCGGGGUACCGCAUGCGUAUUGGCUCCAGCACGGACAAAAAGGAUUCGGGGCGCCUGCACGUUGACUUUGCACAGGCGAGGGACGAUUUGUACGAGUGGGAGUGCAAGCAGCGGCUCCUGGCGAGGGAGGAGAGGCACCGGCGAAAGAUGGAGGAGGAGAGGCUGCGACCUCCCUCCCCUCCUCCCAUCAUGCACUACUCGGAGCACGAGGCCAGCGUACUGGCGGACAGGCUCAAAGAUGACAGUAAAUUCACAGAGGCCAUCACCGUGCUGCUCACUUGGAUCGAUCGAGGAGAGGUGAAUCGCCGGUCGGCCAAUCACUUCUACUCCAUGAUUCAGUCAGCUAACAGCCAUGUGCGGAGGCUGAUGAGUGAAAAGGCGGUGCACGAGGAAGAAUUGGAACUGGCCAAGGAACAGUUCAGAAAUGCCCUCUUGUGCAUCCUGACUCAAUUUGAGCAGAUUGUGGCCGUUUUCACCGCUGCUACCAGGCAAAAGGCAUGGGACCAUUUCUCAAAAGCUCAGCGCAAGAACAUAGAAAUUUGGCGAAAGCAGUGCGAGGAGCUCCGGAACGCUCACAGUGAUGAGCUCAUGGGGAUACGGAGGGAGGAAGAAAUGGAGAUGUCUGAUGACGACUCGGAGGAAAACUCCAGUAAGAAAAUGCGGGGAGAUGACUCAGCCCUGGCUGCCCAGGCCUGUGCUCUGAAGGAAGAGAACGACAGCCUGCGCUGGCAGCUGGACGCCUACAGGAACGAGGUGGAGCUGCUGAAGCAGGAGCAGGGGAAGCUGUACAGGACCGAAGAGGACCACACCAGAGAGCAGCAGCUGCAGUUCCUGCAGCAGACAGUGCAGAGCAUGCAGCAGCAACUGUUGGAUCUGCAAGAAGAGUUAAAAGCGAAAGGAUAUGAGCUAGAACACGCAAAGGAUGAGCAGAGGUGCCUGGAAAGGGAGCUUGCAGCCUUGAAAGAAAAAUUAAUAAACAAUAUGGAUACUGUGGAGAUGAGCAGCAAUGGAUUACAUGAAAAGGGAAUGAAUGGAUGCACUGUGUCGAGCCUUUAUCAGAGUCAAGAAAAGAAAACUGAGACUCAUAUCCGAGGACCUCUGAAGUCAGAAAAAGAAGCUCUUUUACUGGGAAUUAUAUCUACCUUCCUGCACGUCCACCCAUUUGGUGCGAACAUAGAGUACCUCUGGUCUUAUAUUCAAAGACUGGAUACCAAGAUCUCAGCGGCUGAAAUCGAAAGGCUGAUGGUACGACUGCCCCGCAUGUUCAAGCAAGAGUUCACAGGUGUUGGAGCCACGCUGGAAAAGAGGUGGAAAUUUUGUGGUUUUGAGGGAAUUCACACUGUUUGACACAACAAAAUGAUUCUGAAUCCUUCAGUAAAACGUACCGGAAGACAGCACAUUAAUUCCCACUCUACCAAAGGUAACAGAUGGGUAUCUUUUCUAUACCACAGGAGCCUGGCUUUUAAUUACAGGUGUAUUGACCCUAGUGAGUAAAGAUUUUGUGCAGCUAUAUUGGAGACUUCCCCCAUUAAAAUGGGACAGAUGUACUUGAAAAACCCUUUCCACAGUAAACUGAUUGUGUAACAUACAGUAAUUGUCUCUCAUAGACUCUCCUGUCCUUGGGCAUAGAGCUAAAUAUGGUACUUUAUGCAACUUUAUGUUCACUCAUGGUUACAAAUAUAUUCUGGGACUCUGAACAUAACAAAUUUCAAUAAGAAAAUUCACAAUGAUUCAGAUGAAUUAAUAAAAAGAUAUAUUGCUUUUAAACAGUUGUGAUCUAUCCUUACACCAAUACUGCAUUUAAGCCUCCAAUCAAAAGAGCAAAGCAGUCCUUAAGAUGCCUUUUUUUGGAGGGCUAUACUGUAUUUUCCAUCACAAUAUAAUAUUUUCUUUUACCUGGAAGUGAAAAUAUUACGGUAAAGAUGUCUUCUGUACUUGCAAUCCAUGUACUGUAGUACAAAUCUGUAAUGUAAUAUUAUGUUUGUGUACUGCACACAUAAAUGUUAAGUAUUAUCUGCUUGUACAAAUUAUUUUUUAUGGAAUAAAAUGUUUUUAUUAAAAUUCUGUUGAUCCCUAUAACAGAGAUCAGUUUUU